GUGAGCGUCCGGGUCUCAGUCGAGAAGGGCUGGGGACCGAGAGCGGGAGGUGGAGCGCUGCCAGGUGACCUCCUCGUCCGGUAGCGGUGGGAGUGGCUCCAGCACACAAGCUGGGCCCCGUGCGGCGCACGUUCCCCGAGCGCCCCUGCGCGGAUCCUGGGCGCCUCUUUUGCGUCCUGGUGUCGCCUUGGAGCCGCGAAGAGCUAGGCUCCGACUGUCGCCGAGAUCCAGAGGCGUCCGCGACUCAGGGCCAGGCCACCUCUCGGGCCAAGCGGAUAACUCGGUUCCCGCCCAGGGGCUGCUGGAACAUGCGCCCGGGGACACAGGUGCGGCGACCAGCGGCGAGGCGGGGCGGGGAGGAGUGGGAGAGUCAUCCAGAGACGAUGUCUCGACAGUGGCAUUCCAGCACCUAGCUGCCUGUCAGCGUGGGCGAGAGUCGCGUCUGCCUGGGCCAGUGUCCGAACUCUCCUCCGCAGCUUCCCGGGAGUACCUUUUGUUCCCAGGCGCUCCGGAGGUGCCACCUGCCCGGAGCGCCUUGGGUCCCAUAGAUUAAGAGCGACCCGUGGGGUGCAACAGGUCGUUGUUGACUCAGUUCCGACUAAAACCCAACAGGCUGAGACUUGGCCUGCUUCUUUUCUUUUCUUUUAAUGUCGUUGUCACUUUUGUUUUAGUUUGUUUGACAGUUGCUAGACUAUGUUUCCACUUCUGAUCGUACUCAGCCAGCUGCCCAGACUUACCCUCGCAGUUCCUCAUUGUAUCAGAAGCCUAAAGGAUUCCGAACAUGCCCCAGAAGAAGUCUUUGCGUCAAAAGAAGCAGCAAACAUCUUUAUGCACCGCCGCCUCCUGAACAAUAGGUUUGAUCUAGAACUCUUCACUCCUGGGGACCUGGAGAGAGAGUGCUAUGAGGAGUUCUGUAGUUAUGAAGAAGCCAGAGAGAUUUUGGGGGAUGAUGAAAAUACGAUCAAAUUUUGGCAGACUUAUUCAAUUAAAGGACCAACCACAGGAUCAGAUGUUAACAAAGAGAAAAUUGAUGUUAUGAGCCUUCUGACUGGAUUGAUUGUUGCUGGAGUAUUCUUGGUUAUUUUUGGCUUAGUUGGCUACUAUGUAUGUCUCACCAAGUGUAAAAGGCGGCCAUAUCCAAGCUCUUCAGCCAACUACACAAGAACGGCCAGAUACACACCCUCCAUUGUUUUCCGAAGCCCUGAGGAAGCUGUCUUAUCUCCAUCAACAUCUUCAGAGGAUGCAGGACUACCUUCCUAUGAACAGGCAGUAGCACUGACCAGAAAGCACAGUGUCUCACCACCACCUCCCUAUCCUGGGCCUGCAAGAGGAUUUAGGGUAUUUAAAAAGUCCAUGUCCCUCCCAUCUCACUAAGCCUACCUGGCUGCCUUGCUGGAAGACAUUCAUUCAUGUGGUUGAAUAAUUUGUUCUCCCUGGUGGGGAAAAAAAAAAGAUUUGCUUGUUCAGCUUCUUAUGACACAUUGCAAGGAAUAAAGGAAUGAUGCAUACAGAAGAGAAUUCACCACAGCUCUGCUUUCGUCUUGGACUUGAACUGGAUCGCUAUCAUCUUGGUAAGAAACUUCAACUCCAUUACCUUGAAAUUAAGAAGAAAGUGCCUUUUGCAAUGUAUACUGAACUGGUUCAAAAAUGUUUGUUGUAGCUGGAUAAUGUGGUGUGUGCCUACAAACACUCAGGAGGCUUCGAGGGGCGGGAUGAGAGUUCAAGGCCCUGGGCUCUGUCAAGACCCUGUCUGAAAACACAGUUUGUUAUUAGUAGAAUAAUUAGAAUUAGCCAACCAGGAACUGUCCGAUCUUAGAUCAUGAGAUUGGGUCUUCUCUUCCUUAGGAUUUCUUUUGGGCUAAAAAUACUUCAUAGAAUUUGAUGCUUUGCUGUAAAUCUGUGGCCUUGAUAUAAUCCCUUGGUUUUCUGUUCUAAUUAGUGCAGAGCAUUCAUCAAAUUUACAGGUCUUAGUUUUUCACUAUCAAUCACAGUUCAAUGGUGUCAAGAGGUUUUGUUUGUUUUUGGUUUUUUUUUUUGGUUUUUGUUUUUUUUUUGUUUUUGGUUUUUUAAUUACUAUUCAUGGACUAAGGGGAUGCUUCACUUGGAGAGUGCUGGUCAUACAAAUAGAAGGACCUGAGUUCAAUCCUCAAUACCCAUGUUUGAAACAAACCAACCAACAACAACAAACAAAAUGAACAAACAAACAAACAAACAAAACAACUUUGAGUACUUGGGUGCACACCUGUAAUCUCAGCACUGUGGGGAGGACUCAGGAGGACCCCUGAGCCUGGUGGCUAGCCACAGGAACUGAACCAGGAACCUCUAAAUUCAGUCUCAAAAUUUAAGAUAGGUGGGUGAAUGCCUUUAAUCCCGGCACUCGAUACGCAGAGAUCUCUCUGUGAGUUCAAGGUCAGCCUAUUCUACAUUUUAAGUUCUGGGACAGCUACAAAGCCUGCCUGAGAAAAAACAAACAAACAAACAAACAAAAAGCAAAAAACAAGGCUUCGAGGUAGGGGUAUAUGUCUUUAAUCACAGCACUCAGAAGACAGAGGCAGAAGGAUCUCUGAGUUCGAAGCCACCUUGGUUUAUAUAGCUAGUUCCAGGACACCCAGGGCUACACAAAGAAACCCUGUCUCAAAUACCAUUUAAAAAAAUUAAGGUGGAGAGCAGUUGAAGAAGAUACCAAUGUCAACUUCUGGCCUCUACAUGCACAAGCUUGCAUGCAUGAGCAUACAUGCACAUACAAUAUUGAGCUAGAAGUUUAGUAAUAGAAUGGUAGAGGCAAGUGGUUGAACAUUUACUUCAUGUCCAUGAGGCCCUGGCUUUGAGGUCCUCAGCAGUACCAACCAGAAAGCCUUUGCAUCUUAGAUGCAUGGGUAGGCUUUGUUUUUUUUUUCUCAUUCUGUUUGUUGGUGUGUGUGUGUGUGUGUGAGUGUGUGUGUGUGUGUGUGUGUCUGUGUGCUCAUGCGUGAGCAUGCUGGAGAUAGAAGCAAAGCAUCAUAUGUGCUAAGCACAUGCUGUACAAUUAAGCCAAACUCUGUCUCCCUUGAUUCUCCGAGUACAUUUUAACACACAGAAAACACAUCAUAGUCUUAUCAGAUACUUGUCAUAAUCAUAUAAAUGGCCAGUUCUUCCCUAAUAAUGUAGAAGAGCUCAGUGAAAAACCCCAUGCUCAGCAUACGUGCAAGAACCUGGGUCAGACCCCCAGCACCAAAACAAAACAAAAACGUAGCAGAGUGUGACGCGCAAGUGUGGGGCACAUACUCACUAACAUAUAUGCUUGUAUAUUUGAGGUCCAUUGCUUGUUAGCAGUCGAGGAACCAUACAUGCUGAGGUCAAGGAAGCACACACUCUUGAAGACUCAACUGAAAAAAAUAUUGGGAUUUCUUUGUCUGUUUCUGCCAGACGUUUCCCUAUUCUUUAAGAUCCUUUAUAAAUUGGUACUGUGUUUUAUGUUUAUAGAGUGAGAUUGCAAUCCUGCUUGCAUUUGAUGAUUUCGUCCAAAUUAAGUAUCUAGAAAGUUACAUUGUAUGGCAGUAUUUGUGGAUGUGAGGGUAUGAGUCUUUUAUGGCAUUGUAGUCUGUUGGACCUGGUAUAACAUACCAGCAGUCUCAACACUUAGGAGGCAGAGGCACGAGGAUCACAAGUUUGGAGCCAGCCUGGGCUACAUACUUAGUUCAAGGGUCAUCUGGAAUAAUUGGUGAGUUCCUGUCUCAGAUAAAACAAAGCACAGACAGCACUAUCUUUACGAAGGCAUAAAAGGAAGACAUUAGUUGUUAGAGACUGGGAAAGCUUUAUCCUUUUACAUUUUCAGACUUGUUGGCUGCUUGUCACAAAUAGGUCAUCUACCAACACUUCUAUGUAACUAGAAGCAUUUUUAAGUCACCCAUAUUGCCCCUCAAGUUCUGUUGUUCUCCACCGCAUCGUUUCCACUAUAACUAUAGGCUUUGCAUGUAUUUCAAUUCUCUUUUUAAAAGGUUACUAGAACCGACUGCUUGCUUUGUAAUAAUCAGAGUUACACCAUGACUUGCCUGAACUCCCCCAGGUUUGUAAAAGCUGGGUUUGCCGUGAGUGAGCCCAGGUCCCACCCAUCUCACACAGAAUUAUACUUAGGACAAGUAGAGAUAUAAAAAGAUGGGAGAAAUAGAGAGAUUUUUCUGUGGUUGAAAGCACAUGCUGCUCUUCCAAGGGACCCUUUGUACCCAAGCUCUCACAUUGGGCUCCUCCAACCACCUACAACUCCAUCUCCAGGGGAUCCAAUGCCUUCUUCUGGUCUUUGCAGGCACCUGCAUUCAUGUGGCAUACACUCACACAGACGUGCACUCGCGUGCACACACACACACACACACACACACACACACACAUAUAAAUUAAAAACAUAGUUUUUAAAUUUUUAUUUUGUUUUAUUUUAGUUUUUUAAAGCAGUGUUUUUCCAUGCAGCCCUGGCUGUCCUAGAACUCACUAUAUAAACCAGGUUAGCCUCAAACUCAGAGAUCCAUCUGUCUUGCCUCCCAAGUGCUGGCAUUAAAGGUAUGCACACCUGGCACAUAUAUGUAUGUGUGUGUAUGUGUAUAUAUAUAAAAUUUAGUUUGUCUUCUUUUACAUUUACAGUGCUGGGGAUCAGAGCUAGGGCCUUGCUCAUGGUAGGAAAGAGCUCUACCCCUGGGCUACACACACUUCCAUACCCCAUAUCUUUUACCAAAUCCUAAUUUGAAAUGUUGUAUUGACUCUCUGAGUCUAAGCACAAAGUUAGCUUCAGGACCUGUGACAACCUCACAUUGUCCCACUAGUAACCUUACCUUGGUCAUCUACCCUAACUUGAAGGAAUCUCAAAUCCACCACUAAAACUGUGAAGUCACUGGCUGGUCUUCCUACAGCACCAGUAUUGGUGUCACGAUACUUUGAACACAAAAAGAAAACUAUAAUAGAACCAUUGUUACCAAGCACCUGGUAACUGAAGGGGAAUUUCUCAGUGUGAAGCCACUGACAUGGAUUCUGUUUUGCUAACCUUUUUCUUACCUGUGGUGUUUUGGGUGCUGAGUUGUUUCACGUGAUUUCUGUAGGGCUUUUUAGUAUGUUGUUUUGUUUUUGCUUCUCCGGGGGAUGGGUGGAUGCUAAACAUUAAAUCUGUUCUCAUGUAGGUUUUAUACAUGACUAGACCAGGUUUUCUUUCCGUUUCGAUUGGGAAAUGAAUGGAAUGUGGCUCAAAGAAGAUUUGAAAGAAAAAAAAAAGGCACGGUUAUAAAAGUCUGCAUUUGGUAGGACAAAAUGGCUGUGGGAGUUUUGCAUCUGUUAAUAAUAUGCUCCUGAGGAAGGAGAGUGGGAGGGACGCACUAAGAACAAUUCACAGCUGUAGAGAAACAUGGUCUUCUGUUUGUCGCCAGACUUUUUUCUUUCGUGUGAAAAAGGUGGUGGUGGGCAUCAAACCCAAGGCCUUGCCCCUGCCAGAUGCUCACCGAGCAGUGAUUUGUGUUAACAGUCUCUUCCUCUUGCAUUAGUCUCCAAAUUUCUAACCAGAUUUUUUUUUUGGUUUCUCAGAUCAUUUAUUUGUGUAUACUCCUCCUAAGUGAACAAGAGAAUUUUAAUGCUAAAAGAUUUACUUGUGCUUAGCAAAAGCUCAUAUUAUUCAUAACAUUUUGUUUUAAUUUAAUGUGACUUAAAUUUUACUGUUUGUUUGAUCUGAAAUGUUAUGUAUGACACAUAUGCUAUUAGAGGAAUUUAGUCUAGUAUUUACAUCAUUUUUUUUUAAAGAUUAGGGCUGGUGAGAUGGCUCAGUGGGUAGGAGCAUCCGACUGCUCUUCUGAAGGUCUGGAGUUCAAAUUCUAGCAACCACAUAGUGGCUCACAACCAUCCAUAACGAGAUCUGACUCCCUCUUCUGGAGUGUCUGAAGACAGCUAGAGUGUACUUACAUAUAAUAAAUAAAUAAAUAAAUUUUUAAAAAAAGAUUAGAUUGUUGGAGACAGGCAUGAUAACAUAUACCCAGAAUACCAGGAAACUGAGACAGAUUCAAGACCAGCCUUAGCUACAGAAUAAGACCCUGUCUCAAAAACAAGAAAGGAAGGAAGGAAGGAAGGAAGGAAGGAAGGGAGGGAGGAAGAGAGGGAGGAAGAGAGGGAGGGAGGAAGGGGGUGGGAGAGGGAAAGAAAGAAACAAAGAAAACCAAAGCCAAACAAACAAACGAUUAUAUUGGGUUGAACAGUGGUAAAAUGCACACUUAGUUUACACAGGCACCUGGGUUUGAUCCCCAACACCAAGUGAAAAAGUUUAAUAACGUGCUGAAGAGCUAGCUCAGUGGGUAAAGGCAUACCCAGGUCUCGAAUAGCUGAAGAAGAGAACUUAUUCCUGCAAACUGGUCUCUGGUGACUUCCACAUGUGCACAGUGGCACAUAUUCUAAUAAGUAAAUAAAUGCAAUUAACUUUUUAAUUAAAAUAAGAUAAAGAUAAAAGUCAUUACCGUUUGUAGAUACUGUCGCUGGUCAUCCGAAACACGUAUGCUGUAUGUUGAUGCCUUCAGUCUGAUGGACUGGAUUUCUUCCAUGUUUUGUGUUUACAAACCUUUCCUUAACAGUUUGAAGUUAACCGGUACAAAUGUAUCAGUAUUUGUAUUAUCUGGAAAAGACAACCCAUUUUUUUAAUGCAUAGCCUUCCUAAAAUAUAACUGCGUUUUAUUUUAAUGAACUUCUUGUUACAUUUACCUUUUGUACAUGUGAAUAAACUUUAUAUUAAGUAAUAUUUAUUGUUGGUUUUAUAAUGACUCACAUAUGAUAUUAUGCAGGUUAAGCCUUGAACAACUAAUUUCAUGUCUUCAAAAUAAUGUUUAUAGCAUAUGUAUCUUUCCUUUGGCUGGGCCAGCAUCCUACUUAAACAACUGAGCUAUAGUUGUGUGGCUGUUAUUGUUUAAUAAAGUUUUAAUAUCUAAUAUA